UGUGGUGGAGAGUGAAGAUGGCGGAGAAUAAUGUCGAACCAGAGCACGAAUGGAGCGACUGGGCCGUGGACACGGCCGAAGAUACCCUAGUUGCAAUGGAAAACCUGCUGGCCACACUGAGAGCUUUCGAGGACGUCCUCAGGCAACAAGAAAUCUCCGUAGCGUCUUCCACGGAGUACUGCGAUAACUUCUGUCAGGCACUGAUGCACUAUGCUGGAAGCAGGAAUUCCAUGGAACAUGGGCUGCCUCUUCUGGAGGUCUACUGUCUGUCCAUAAACUGCUUUGCUUCAGCUCGAUCCCACCUCACGGCAGAAUCCGACAGAGUGGCCCUCGUUUUGAAGCGGCUAGCUUUGAGCUGUUUUGAACUGUUGCUGUCAGUGCCUGAGAAUGAAAUCCCAUAUGAAGCCUGGGUUCAGUUCCACCACUCUGUUCAGAUUGCCCAUGAUACCCUGCUACAGUAUGGAAGCACAGACCUUCAAGCAUUACUCCAAAUCACAGGAGAGGGAGGGGCAUGGAGCAACCCUGUCCUUACAUCUCUCCUCACCGGGCAGCUGACUAACCCGGAAGAAGUUAAUGCAUAUAUCAGCUUGGAGGGUGAGGGCUUCAUGGAGAUGCGGGUGAAACAUCUGGAAAAGAUGGGCGAGAUUGCCAAAGCUGUGGUUUUGGCCAAAGCUUGCACUGAAUGCAGCACCUUUUCUAAUCAAGCCACGUUUCGUCAGACAUAUGUCUCCCUGCUUUGUCACCUGUUGCCCAAUGAAGAGGCCAUAAUGGAGAUAUCGAGACUGGACUGCAAAGAUGUACUUGAGAUCACGUGUAAUUUGGAGACAGAGGGGGAGGAGAAUACAGCGUUCAUCCUGUGCACAACUUUCUUGACACAGCAGUUACAGCAGCAGAGUCUUUACUGCUCCUGGGAGUUGAUUUUAUUAUGGAGUAAGCUUCAGAGGAGGCUUGACCCCUCACCAGUGUCUCUUCUGGAACGAUGCCUUCAGCUAGGUGCCAUUGCCAAAACAGUCGACCAUUUGCUUUACUUGGUCCGUGUGAUUCAGACAGAGGCGGAGGAACCAGGGAUACCUGCGUCGGUAGAGCUUUGCGUGAAAGCCCUUCAACUUCCAAAACAGGAUGACUCCGAAUCGAAGAUCUCUGUCUGUAAGACGGUGUCCUGCCUUCUUCCAGACGACCUUGAGGUUCUGCGUGCCUGCCAACUCACAGAAUUCCUACUUGGCCCUGUUCAGGAAGCCUUCAGCUGUCUUGAGGAGCUCUACUUGCGCCCAGACCAAAAGUAUGACCAGGACAGUGAGGUUAUUCCCAACUCACUACGCUGUGAGUUGCUACUAGCACUGAAAGCUUACUGGCCUUUUGACCCCGAAUUCUGGGACUGGAAAACUCUAAAAUAUCACUGCAUCUCCCUUCUGGGGCUGAGGCCUGAGUCAGAAGGGGAAGAGGAAGAGGCCGUUGAGAAGGAUAAACUGCAUGAGCUGCAGGGAGUCACUGUUAAGGUAGAAUCGGUGCACCAAAAUGGGAUAAAUGGAGGUCUUGACGGUCAUGAGCAGAUAGAUCAAAAACAGUCCAUUAACCAAACAGACAUCAAAGUUGAUUCUGAGGCAAAAAAACAGAAGUUCUGCUGUCACAUUUGUAAAAGGUCUAUCUCAGACACCCAAGUCAUUCACCACUCAAAAAGACAUGCAGAGGAUAACAACCAUCCCUGCCCUAUUUGCUUGGAAAAGUUUGAGAGUCGGAAGGAACUCGUUCCUCACAUUAAAAAACACAUUGAGAGUGAAACACAUCUUGUCAAAAAUCAUGCCAAGACUGAGGAAGUACAGAAAACGAUAGAAGAAGAUGACGACGUUGAACCGGGUGAGAUCACCAUCGAUCCUUCUCUAAUGCUGUAUUACAAAUCCACCCAUGAUCCAGAUGUCUUGCAGCAUAUUGUGCAGCAAGCCAAAACAGGGACAGAGAAACAUGUGGACAGCGACGAGCAUGUAACUUUCGAUUACAUCGACCAACAUUUCAAACUGCAGAACAGGGAUGAGUAUCCCUGUCCAGGAACUGGAUGUACACGAACUUUUAAACAUUCCAAGUACUUAUAUGUCCACUUAAAGUCGGAGCACAAAGGUGAUGAAAACGUGAAAUAUUUUCACCAGAUGAGAGACAAGCGGGAAAAGUGCGUCUUCUGUAGACGUCAUUUUGUCUCAGCUUACCAUCAUCGCAAACAUAUAAGAGUUCACUAUGGUGAUCGGCCUUACACGUGUGUGGUUAUAGGCUGUGGUGCGCAGUUUAAUACUUCCAAUGAACUUGUCACACACAAGCAAACCCAUGGCUAUCAGCUCAACUACCAGUGUCAGCUCAAAGGCUGUUAUGUCACAUACUCUGACUUGGGACAGAUAUAUCACCAUGAAGCACAGCAUUUCAGAGAUGCGGCAUUUACCUGCUCUAGUACUGACUGUAGAAAGUAUUACCUGUCCAAAAAGGAAUUUAUAAAGCAUCUGUCAACACACAACAUCCCUUUCUCUGAAGAGGACUUUGAGGCUCAAAGGAAGGCAAAGCGGAAACUUUUUAACACUGUUACUGAUGCAGCCAUUCGCCUUACUAAGUCAGUUGAAUCUGACACUGUAAAUGGAGACGUCCUGAAUGCUUCGUCAGUGAGUUGCUCCUCCUCCUUGCAGGAAUCUGACGUCAAAGAGCCCAAAGCAACAAUGACAUUGGUGGCUGUGUGUUUUGAUGGAAGUAAAUUCACUUGUGGCUUUGAGAAGUGUGGCAUGACGUUUUCCAGAGCCAGAGAUGUCCAGAGACAUCUUAAAUGUGCUCACCCAGAACAUCUCAAACUGGAGAACAAAGAACACAAACAUGACAAUGAGCAGGGAUCCAAGUCCAAAUGGAUAAAGUCUGAAAGUCAACCGGAGAAUGAAGAAAAGGGACAAAACGACCCAACUCCAUUUCAACCUGUGGACACUUGCCAAGAAAAAAAAGCUUCCACUCAUCCCAAAAGCAGUGAAACAAACUCUUUAAGCCUUCAAACAAAAAACGAUGCUCUUAAAGAGAUUCUCAUUGGGCUCAGUAGAUUGGACCUGAAUUCCGACAGUUUGCCAAACGAACCCACUCAGUCCAGCGUGGACUCAAACACGUCUCAAAUAUCUCUUCAUCAGGCAAUUAUGGCAAAGCCCCCUGUUGUCUUGCUUCAGAAGAGACCCCAUCUUUCAGAGGAAAAGGUUAAAGUCCUCACUGAACAAGCAACCACUGAGGAAGGUGGCAGUGAAUCACUAGCCAGUGCUAAGCCCUAUGUUUGUGAGAUGAAAAGUUGUGGCUUUAGAACGGCUCAAAGUUACAGCUUACUGCGCCACUAUAACACCAGACAUGGUCGUACCAUUGAACAGGCCAAAAGGUUGACUUCUUUGAAAACCACCUGUUUUAAGCCUUACGUGUGCCACCUUUGUUCCAAGAGCCACAGGGAAAAACACGUGUUGAGGGCCCAUUAUAUUCAGUUCCAUAACAUGAGUGAGACUUGCGUAGAUCAGAUUAGUAUAACAUCUGUACAGCAUGAGGGAAACAAAGUGUCCAAAUCUAAAAAAAAACUAACAUCGCCUUUGACAAACCACGGCCUAAAGGUAAAAAAGAAAGAGCUGCCCAAGUUGCAACACCAACAAGAGACCAAAAACUCAACAGCGAUAAGUGAAAAUGGAAAAGACUUUCAUAAUCACUCCCCAUCUGAAGAGGAAGGGGAAGAUGAGGCAAAGGGUAGAGAGGAAGAUGAGCAGAGACAGGAAAGUGAAGAUAAGACCACACAGCAAGUCAGAACGACAAGACGCUUGGUAGCCAAAAGUAAUCUGUGCUAUAUACUUGAUAAGUUCAGUAAACCUUUUCAUUGUGUGGCAAAAAAUUGCGAUGCAGCUUUUUCCACCCAGGGAGGUCUUGUGCGCCACCUCCAGUUAGUACAUCAUUACAAUCGCUCUCAGCUUUUGUUGGAAAAAGAUAUUGAUGUGCACCACAGUCCAGAAGUGAGAAAAGAACCUGCCAAAAAAAGGCCUCUCCCAAACUCAGAUGAACCUCAACCCCAGUUCAAAUGUCACUUUGCAAACUGCAAUGCUUCCUACCACCUUAAAAGCAGCUUAGUGCGUCACACUCGCGAUUACCACUCGCAACCACCUGAGCUAUUAAGGUGCAAGUAUGACGGCUGCACAAGAGUGUUCAGCCAUGACGGUGCGCUUAAAAAACACACUCUUUAUAGUCACUGCGAGUUGUACGACUCGCUGGUGGUACGUCUGCAGAGCACUCACAAGAAGUCUAUUACCGGGUGUCAAAAGAAGCUUAUAGUCACACCAGAGAGUCCUCAGAAAGAGGAACCUGGUUCACCCACCGCACAGGCUGAGAGUCCAAAGCCUGAAGUGACAGCUACGUCAGAACAACUGGGUGAUGAGGGUGCUGCGGAGAAAAAGGUCUCAGGAGAGAAAAAGCGAGCGAAAAGAAAUUGUUUCAGCCGUUACGUCUUUAGAUCUCAUGAAGAAGCACUACAGAUGUGCCAGGAUCGCUGCUUGCGAGUGGCCUACCCAUGCAUGAUUCAGGACUGCGAUUCUGUCGUCACAUACAUGCACAGCUUGAACCGUCACUACCUGAAGGUCCACCACAUGCGCCGAGAAGAUGUCUUUAAGAAUGAAGAUAAGCUUGUUUUUACUGCCGAGCAGCUCGAAGAGCUCAUUCAAAGGAAGUCCGCCAGACCGACUGUUGCAGGCACGUGCGUCCCUAAUGGGGUUCUUAAAAUGGAGUACCAAGCAGAGUCGGAAAACGCAGGGGCACAGCCUGCACCCGUGAGUCUUCAUUCCAUCAAAGGGGACACGCAGGAUGAGGACAAUCAUGAUGCACUGAGCUUCCCUGGAGAAGAAGAGCAGGAGCUGCCACCUGUUGAGAGAAAUGGUGUCCUUGUUGGUGCAGACGAGGUGCUAUAUGGUGAGCCGAGCACAGGCGGGCAUGCUGAAGACGCUGCUGCAGGAACACCGAGCACUCAGAAACCAGAGGAGAGACUGAGCUUGGAUAAAAUCAAGCCUCUGCUCCGCCCGGUCACUGUUGACCUCUCACCACCAUGUUCACUUCGUUUUACUACUGAAGAGGGCUUCCAAGACGCAUCGGGCAACAAAGAUGGUAGUAAAACAUUAAAUGGAUCCGUAACGUUGUCUAGUCCUCCCGUUCGCCAGCCCCUGAAAAGGAUGAACGAGCUGUCUGAACAGCCUUCAAACGUAAAAGACUCUCAGUCUCGUAGUGCUUCUCCACGGGCUUUUGACAUUGCUGGCUAUAAGCCUAUGGGGUUUGAGUCUUCAUUUCUUAAGUUCAUACAAGAAACUGCUCCAAAAGACAAAAAUACAGGAUUAGCAAAACGGCGGGACACUUUCAGACGUAGUUGUUCUGUCAAAGAGAACAACCAGCUAGGAAUCUCUCACACCCGCAGCAGACGCACUCAUUCCCCACUGCUGAAGCCCCACUCUAUGACUGGGGACUUCACGUCAGUCCAAAACUUGAAGUCCAUCCUGGACAAAGCCCUGGCUGGGUGUGGGGACCUGGCCAUUAAACAGCUUCAGUACCUCAGACCCGUGGUGGUCCUGGGCAGACCCGUGUGCACCACCGCCCUGCCUGACCUCUUCCCCACAGACACCAACAACAGCAAACUGCUUCUUGGAAGUUAGUUUAACCGAGCACCUUUUUAACAUGGCUAUGGUAAAUGACUUUUUAGUUUCACAGCUGUGUAUCAGUAUUUUUAUUUCUCCCAACCAUGACAACGCUGUUAUGUUUUUGCUAUUUUUAAGUUGCCAAACUGAACAGUUGUAGUAAUUAGCAUAAAAUUAAAAAAACAAGCUUAAACACUGCACACUAGAUCCAGCUGAUUGUUUGGGUUUUUUAGACAUCUGUAAUGAAGCAUUCAGAUAACACCUAUUAUGUUAAAUCAUGGUCACAAGUGUAUAUACUGUAGUUCUCUGAGAUAAAUGUACAGCUUUUCAGAUUGUUAGAAAUGGUCAGUAGCGAAUUGCAAGGCCUUUUCACUUUUGUGAAAAUGUGACUGAAAAUAUUUCCUUACUACAAAGUCCUUGAAGGAAUACAUUUGGUUAUUUUUCACCUCAGUUUAUAAUAAGUCAGUGUUGGGUUGCAGUGGACAGGUGUUGGCCAACAUGUAUGUAACACUUUCUAAUAAAAUAAAUGUGGAA